CGCUUGCGCGACCAAGAGGUUUCUCAACGUACUCUGGAUGUUUAGUCCACAAGUUAAAAGUGCCGCUUUCAGUAUUCAGACAUUUGGUACAAUGAACUUAUUUAUUUUAAAUACCGUCAAAUGUACCAAAAAAGGUAAAAUAAUAACAUAUCAAUACGGAGUUGUAAAAUAAACAUCGGCAUAGUAACAACAAAACAGCUUUUAAAUUGUUUGUGACGUAUCUAAAUUGUGCUUCUAUAAAUAUAAGUUGUACAAAGUGACUCAAAAACAACUUGUAUACAACUUAUUUAUAUUGUUUUUUGUUGUGGAACAGUGUGUUGUACGAGAGACUUGACAGUGGUGGGACGUGAACGGUUUUUUAAGAAAACUAUGGAGUUGAAGGACCUUCACAAAAAAAUUUCGAAAGUAUCAAAUGGGAUCUAAUAGUUCGACGACCAUGGCUUCAUCAUUAUCACCAAUUUCAUCAGACAUGUCGUACCAAAUCGGUACGAACGAAUCAUCGAAAUCAACCAUCGACCAACUACUCAUCGCAACCGACCAAAAUUUAGAAGGCAUCGAACAGCCUUCGAGUACAAAUAUUGAAGAGCCGAAAUCAAACAAUAAUCAAGAAAUAGAUUAUAAAAAUGAUGACGAGGAAGAUUCUGCGACGGAAAGUCUCCCACCAACAGAAGAACCGCAUGACAGAUCGGACGGAUCAGAUUCCGGACUCGGUUCGGAGCUGAACGAAGAACGGCCCUUAGAAACGACCGCGAAUAUAGAAAAUUUCCACGAAACUUCAUUUUUGUGCAAUGCGCAGUUCGAGGAAUUCGCUAGACAAGUGACUUCAUCGGGCGUGAGCGUUUUAAGCGAACCGCAAUCACAAAAGAAAGAAAUAAAAAGCAAUCUCAAACGUAAAUUAUGCACCGAAGAACAAAUCGAAGAACCGGAAGCGAAAAAAAGAAAAGGCAUCACCUUCGACAGCGUCACUGUCUUUUAUUUCCCCCGCGCUCAAGGUUUCACUUGCGUACCUUCCCAAGGCGGAUCCACUUUAGGCAUGGGCGCUUCCCAUACCUACGUCAAGAAAUUCUCCAUAGCAGAACACGCGGUAGAACAAAGAAGAAUCCACAGACAGCUCCUCCAGCAGCUCAGAGCGGAACGGAACCUUUCCGCCGGUGCGGCCACCUCUAGCGAGGAAUCCGACAGCGAAGACGAAGCGAGCGAAACCUCCGACACCGAAAUGGAUCCGGAUAAUUAUUAUUUCCUUCAACCAGUGCCUACUAGACAGAGGAGAGCCUUGUUGAGAGCCGCUGGUGUGCGCAAAAUUGAUUCCGUGGAAAAAGACGAAUGUAAAAAUAUUAGAACGUCUCGGGAAUUUUGCGGAUGCGGAUGUAAAGGUUUCUGCGAUCCGGAUACUUGUUCUUGCAGCCAAGCGGGGAUUAAAUGUCAAGUUGACAGACUUAAUUUUCCUUGUGGGUGUUCCAGAGAUAAUUGUGGCAAUUCCAGCGGCAGGAUUGAAUUUAAUCCGGUAAGAGUGAGGACGCAUUUCAUUCAUACGCUUAUGAGGUUAGAAUUAGAAAAGGAAAAAGAAGGUAAAACUGAAAAUAAAAUGGUUCGGGUUCAACAAAAUUGGAUGGAUAACGAAAGAUUAUCCACGCCUGCACAAGACCAAACUUCUUCUAAAAACCCCGUUAGCAAAUAUAACAGUAGUUUAUUAAGGGAUGUUACUUUAUCUGCAAACGUGGAAGCUGAAAAUUGUGUCCAUACAGGGAGAUUCACGAAUUUACACUACGGAGCACCGGGGGAAGGACCCGGGAAUCAUCUACCAGAUCGAGGUGAUUCUUUGGACCUUUAUACUUUCAGAGAAAAUUGUUACGGCGAAGAAUCCAACCAAGAAGAUCGAAAACACUCUUUUCAUAAUCAAUCUUUCCAUUUUUCUAACGUCGGUUUCGGCAACUACGUCCCUGGCCAUCAGAAUCAAUACCCCCAACCAUAUCAACAGAGCUUUAGCGAUUUCCCGCCGAUAUUCAGCGCCCCCUACUCAGGUAUGUACGUGCCGGAAUUCAACCAGAAACCCGUAGAUGUCGCCUUUCAACAAAAUUACGAAAAUUUCAAAGCCGAUAAUUUUCCGGAAAGCAAAGAAAAUCAAUACACCAAUUUGAAUGCGGUCAGCGAGGGAAAUACCAAAAUUGAGUCUUUUUCCUAUUUGUUGAACGGGAAAUAUAAUAAUUAUCCGAGCUACGAGGGGGAGUUCAAUGGUAAUUUGAAUUUGGAAAGUCCCAUAGUGGAGAAAAACGGUGAAAAUUCGUCCAACGGCAGCGCUACCGAGGAAUGCGAUGAAAAUUUCGGGGAAAUUAUUAAAAAAUCUAUGGUAGAAACUGUUUCAGCAUAAUAUUAAUGGUUAAAAUACUAUAAAUACAUUAUUAUUAAUUAUUUUAUUCCAUAUUAAAUAUUAUUACUAUUGAAUUGUAAAUGAUUUAUAUAUAAAA